UUGUUCAUCCAUCCCGCUGUUGUUCUUCGCCGAGCCAACACUCGAUUCAAACUUGUCUCUGCUUCUCUCAGGAGAAAAACAACAACUAACUUCAAUGGUGAACGCUGUGAAAGUCUUCAAGAAAACCGCCCCUAAUGGUAAGAUCACCGUCUACCUAGGUCGCCGCGAUUUCGUGGACAACACCACCUCGACCGAACCUGUUGAUGGAGUCAUAGUCUGCGACAAUGACUACCUCCGGGGCCGCAAGGUCUUCGCUUCCGUUACGGUCACGUACCGUUUCGGUCGCGAGGAGGAUGAGGUCAUGGGCCUCAACUUCAGCAAGGAGAUGCAGCUCGCCACCCAGCAGGUGUACCCGAGCAACGACUCCCGCGAGCCCACGGCCGUCCAGGAGCGCCUCGUGAAGAAGCUCGGGGCCAACGCCUACCCCUUCGCCGUGACGCUCCCCGACACCGCACCCUGCUCCGUCCAGCUCCACUCGGGCGACGAUGAGUCGAGCAAGCCCCUUGGCGUUAUUUACGAGCUGCGCGUCUUCGUUGGCGACAAUUCCGACGAGAAGCCCCACAAGCGCAACUCCGUCACCCUCGCCGUCAGGAAGGUGCAGUUCUCUCCUGUGGCUGGCAACAAGCGUCAGCCUAGCACCCUCGUCUCCAAGGGCUUCGCUCUGUCCUCCGGAAAGCUCAACAUGGAGGUGACUCUCGACAAGGAGCUCUACUACCAUGGCGAGCAUGUCAACGCUACCAUCAACAUCAACAACGGUAGCAAAAAGACCGUCAAGAACAUUAAGUGCUCCGUCAUCCAGCACGUUGAAGUCACCAUGACCAACAACCAGUUCACUCGCGAGGUGGCAUCUUUGGAAUCGAAGGAGGGCUGCCCCAUUACCCCGGGCACCAACCUCCAGAAGACCUUCAAUCUGACGCCACUUGCCUCUUCCAACAAGAGCAAAACUGGCAUUGCUCUUGACGGCAAACUGAAGGACACGGACGCCAACCUGGCCUCCUCCACCGUCGUGGCCGCAGGCAAGAACGUCAACGACGCCUGCGGUAUCAUCGUGUCCUACUCCAUGCGCGUCAAGCUCAACUGCGGUGCUAUCGGUGGUGACCUGACUGCCGACCUGCCCUUCAAGCUCAUGCACCCCGUGCCUGGUGCCCAAGCUAAGGUCCGCGGUGAUUCCGGCUACGCCGGCGGCGAGGACCUGGAGUUCGAGGACUUUGCUCGCCUCCGCCGCGGCAUGUCCGUCGACCAGCCCUAGAUGGCGCUGGGAUCGUCCUCCUUCAUCCUCGUCGACCGCCCUCACCCUCACGACGUUUCACCAUUUGCGAACGAACGACUUCGGGAUUCUUAAACGAAAACGACGACGCUGAUGGAUUUCGGAAACGAGAUUCAUCCGUCGGUUGAUUGGAAACAUGCAUUCAUUACUGCUUUUGUUUUAGUUCUUAUUUUCUCCCUACAUGAUCAUAGAUCAUUUGUAUUUUGUUUUCCCUUUUUGUUACAUAUUUCUCCUCUGGAGUUAUGGCGUUGUGUUUAUUUUAGGAACAUUGGAACGUGUGAUCUGUAUUUACUAAUUUUUUUUUAUUUUUUCGCGUUUUAAUUGGAGAUUUUUGUAUGUUUCUGUUAUCUAUAUAAAACAAAAAAUACU